ACCAAAAUAUCUACUUUUCAUUAACAUUGAAACACGUUGUAGUUUAUCACUAAUCUUUGUUUUGUGUUUUUGGAAUUUAUUUUAUUUUAAAAUUAAUAAAUACAAUUGUCCUUGACCCGGUAGUGUAAACAUUCUGCUUCCGCCGACUAUGAGCCCAUUCAGCGAAGAUGGCGAAUGCAGGGGUCUCGGUGGCUUCGCUGUGGACUGAAGUUAACCGUUGCGGUCAGAAUGGAGACUUUACAAGAGCCCUUAAAGCUCUAACUAAAAUUCUGCAAGAAAACAGGGACGAUGUGACGGCCCUUCACUGUAAAAUAGUUUGUCUUGUUCAGAAUGGCAGCUUCAAAGAGGCGCUGAAUGUAAUGAACACACAUUCAAAACUACUCGGCAGUGAAGUUGUGUUUGAGAAGGCGUACUGCGAGUACCGGCUGAACAGAGUGGAUAGUGCCCUGAAGACCAUUGAGGCUGCUCCUGAACAAACAGACAAGCUGAAGGAGCUCUACGGUCAAGUGUUGUACAGACUGGAGCGCUACGAUGACUGCAAGAGUGUCUACACAGAUCUGAUCAGGAAUUCCCAGGAUGAGUACGAGGAGGAGAGGAAAACCAACCUCGCUGCUGUGGUGGCUUCUAUGAGUCAGUGGGAGGAAACUCCAUUGGAAGAUCUAGGUCUUCCCGAGUCCACGUACGAGUUGUGCUACAAUGCUGCCUGCGCUUUGAUUGGCCAAGGACAGCUUACAGAGGCACUCAAUAAACUACGACAAGCAGAGGAGCUUUGCAGAGUCUCGUUGGCAGAUGAUUCUGAUGUGACUGAGGAGGACAUUGAGUCAGAGCUGGCCGUCAUCCAUUCUCAGAUGGCGUACAUCAUGCAAUUACAAGGUCGGACAGACGACGCUCUGCAGCUCUACAACCAGGUCAUCAAGCUCAAGCCAUCAGAUGUAGGGCUGCUUGCUGUGACUGCCAACAAUAUCAUUACAAUAAACAAGGACCAAAACGUGUUUGACUCCAAGAAAAAGGUGAAACUGACAAACGCUGAAGGUGUUGAAUACAAGCUGGCGAAGAAGCAGCUGCAGGCCAUUGACUUCAACAAAGCCCUCCUGGCCAUGUACACUAACCAGGCGGACCAGUGCAGGAAACUGUCAUCCAGUCUUCAGUCUCAGAAUCCGGGUCACCCGCGGCCGGUCCUCAUACAGGUUGCUCAACUGUGCAGGGAGAAGCAGCACGGCAGGGCCAUCGAGCUGCUCCAGCAAUUCUCAGACCAACAUCCAGAGAGUGCAUCUGGCAUCAAACUAACAAUGGCACAACUCUAUGUAAUACAAGGUCAUGUAACAAAAGCUUGUGAUGUUCUAAGGUCCAUUGAAGAGUUCAAGCACAAAUCAGGGAUGAUUUCAGCUCUGGUAACGAUGUACUCCCACGAAGAAGACAUUGACAGCGCUAUUGAGAUUUUCAAACAAGCUAUUGAACACUACCAGUCUGAACAGCCCGGAUCUGCUGCACACUUGGCACUUGUACGAGAAGCUGCCAAUUUCAAACUGAAGUACGGACGGAAAAAAGAAGCCAUUAGUGAUCUGGAGCAGCUGUGGAAGCAAAACACCAACGACAUCCACACACUGGCACAACUCAUCUCGGCGUAUUCUCUGGUGGACACAGACAAAGCCAAAUCCCUCAGCAAGCACCUACCAUCCGCAGACACAAUGGCCUUAAAUGUGGACGUGGACGAGCUGGAGAACUCCCACGGAGCCAACUACGUCAGGAAAAAAGCUGCUAAGGUCCCAGGAGAAAACCUUCCAAAAGAACAAAUCCAAGGAGAGAUUAAAAAGAAGAAGAAGAAAAAGAGAGGCAAACUGCCCAAAAACUAUGACCCAAAAAGUACCCCUGACCCUGAGAGGUGGAUGCCCAUGAAGGAGCGUUCCUACUACAGAGGCAAGAAGAAGGGAAAGAAGAAGGAGCAAAUAGGAAAAGGCACACAGGGAGCAACGGCAGGAGCUUCGGCUGAAUUGGAUGCCAGUAAGACAGCCAGUAGCCCCCCUACUUCCCCCAGACCAGGGUCUGCAUCCGGCUCCUCUUCAGCCGCCGCCAGCAACGUGGUCCCCCCACGGCAGCAGAAACCUGCAGCCUCGGGGGCCACACGCAAGAAGGCACCACAGAAGAAGAAGAAGGGAGGCAAAGGAGGCUGGUAGUCAGAGGGAAGCAACACAUCAGGCAGAGGGGAUAUGGGAUACUCUGUCUCACCAAGAAAUCAUAAGCUUUUCUCUUUUUUAUGUUUCAAGUUAAAUUGAACUUUUUGUUAUGGCCAUUCAUAUAAAUAUGUCAAACCAAAAGCUCCCCUCUUCUCUUCUAUGUUAUUAAUUUGUGGUGUUAAAAGUACAGAAGAGAGAGAGAGAGAGAGAGAGAGUGUAUUUAAAGGACAGUUCCACUGAAAUUAACUUUUUGUAUCUUAGCGAAAGCAGAUUGUUUCUUAAAAGAUUUCUUUUUACCCGUGACCCUCUGAGUUCACAGUGAAAUCAGAGUUCUUUUUUCAUUAAAUGGUCCGAUGAAUGGGAAAUGCUUUUUCUUCGCUGUUACCUGGUGCUCUUUUUUUAUCGAAAUGUUCUCCUCUAUUGUCCUCCUGUAAUAUAUCAGGAUUUCACAGAGAUGCUGCAUUCAGAAACCUCUGUAAAUGUCUAUAAAAUAUGAAAAUAGAUUGUUCGGUAGAUCCAUCAAACUUUUAUUCCAUUGUUUCAACUAAAUCAUUAAAAUCAUGUCACUGCUGACUUUAAGACCUCACAGUUUCAUUUAAUUCCGUGCCAUGUCGGUGUUGCAUUUUCCUUACUGUUAAUUAUGCAGUUAUGAAAACAAACUACUUUUGCAAAGUAACUCAAAGUUAAAUUUUGGUGGAACUGUCCUUAAUAUUUCUUGGGUCGGAGUAUUAGGAGAUACCUUCUCUGGCUGUUUGCUUUCCUUUAACCGUCUCUUCUCUUCACUUCCAAUCAGCUGCCAAGAUGCAAUGUUAAAGAAUCUUUAUUUUUCAGUCCCUGUCUUGGUCUAAAUUCAAGCAAAUAAUUUAAAUUCUUAAAUUGAAUUCUGUCCGAUGCAUGUUUUUAAGACCAAACAGGUUUCCCCUUUUGUUAAGUCUUAAUAAAACUCUUAAUUACA